AUGCCCGGCCUGUCUGACGCGCCGUCAGGUCUGACCAGACAAUGCAGCCAUUCCAACGACAUCUCUGCGCUGAGUCCGUCCUCGGCGCCAUCAACCCACAGAGCCUUCUCAUUUGUUCGCUCGUCGUCAUUCUCCUUCAGCAAAUCGCGUUCUUUCACCGAGCCACCUCCAAUUCCUGAAAGCGACAAGGAACCGAUUUUCGACGAAAUCCGCGACUGCGACGAAGCGCCGUACCCCAUACCACCACAGAUGAGAAAGAUGUCCGCGCCAGGUCCGAUUGAUAUCAAGAAACACAAGGCGGAAUACAAGAGCCUUAACGGGAACAAUCACAAUCGGUCAACCUCGAAAACAUUGUCGGCCUCUGUCCCAGCAGAGUUGCCAAGAACGCCCUGUAGCGCAGUGCCCAUGCCAGUGCCACCACACAAGCACAAAUGGCUCAACAAAAUCGAUCCACGCUUCAAUGCCAAGCUGAUGGAAGAAAAACAAAAGACCAUCGAGCGACAGGAACGGGAGCGCAAGAAGAAGAAAGAGGACGACGAGAUGAUUGGAGAGUUGCUACACGGUUGGGCCAAGUAG